ACCAGAAGCCGAUACUUCGAACCCUAUUGAGCGCUCUAACACCCUAACAGCGAUCACAUUGCCCGAUAAAUCGGCCCUAACGCACCAACUAGUGAGAUCGGGCGGUCGGACGCUCACAAUCACCCGAUAUCGGGACCCUAACUCUCUAACUGCGAUUAGACUUCCCAAUUUACAGUGUACCCGAUGGAUCGUGCCCGAUAGAUUGGGUAGUGAAAUCGACGCUUUUGUGGUAGGUAAGUUGGACUUGGUCCAUGUCUGUGUGUAUCUCCUUAUUAGUCUGUGGAUAACUAUUAUUACUGUUCUCUUUGACUUUACUCAAAGAAAGACAUUUCGACAUUUCUUUAAUUGAUUGAGUUCGUAAUUAUUGUGAUGUGAUGUUCUUGAGUGGUACAUAAAUAAUCGGACUGACUCACUUUAAGUUGCAUUUUAUUACAAUGGCAAACGAUGAAGCGAUACUGAAGCAGUAUUUGGCUAAGUACAAACAUCGAGACUACACCUCAAGGGAAGUGAUAAAUUUAAUCCAAGUGUACAAAAGUUUGACUUAUCGUUUGGAAAUCUUCGUGUUUAACAAUGGAGUCCGCAAAGAUUUGCUCAAUAUGGAAGGAACGAUCCCAGUUAAUUAUAAAGGAGUAUAUUACAAUAUUCCUGUUUGUAUUUGGCUUAUGGACACGCAUCCCCAAAACGCCCCUUUGUGUUUCGUCAAACCUACAUCAGAUAUGUCUAUCAAAGUUUCUAAAUAUGUAGAUAGCAAUGGAAAAGUUUACUUGCCAUAUUUACAUGAGUGGAAUUCAAAUUCUACACUUCAGAAACUUAUUCACUGCAUGAUUACUGCAUUUGGCGAAAUACCACCAGUAUAUUCAAAGCCACGAAAUGAAGGUAGACCUCCGUAUCCUGUGAACUCAUUUAUGCCGCAACCUUCUGGUUACCCAUUUCCUCAAGUUUCAACUCAGCCAGGUUUUCCUACUGGAACACCUUAUCCUACAACCUCAAACUUACCUUACCCUGGCUAUGGCGCUCCAUACCCAGGUUCAGUUAAUACUAAUGGCAGUUCAUUUCCUCUACCAGGCCCAACAACAACUCCAUAUCCUCCAGUUUCUACCUAUGGUGCUGAUCAAAAUACUUCUGGUGGUACUAUAACAGAAGAACACAUUAAAGCCUCUUUGCUGUCAGCUGUUAUAGACAAGAUGCGAAGAAGACUAAAUGAACAGUCUCAACAGUCACAAGCAGAACUUGAAACUCUACGUCGGACACAACAGGAACUAAGAGAAGGAAAGGCUAGACUCGAAGAUAUAUUGUCUAGAUUAGAUAGAGAACGAUCUGAAUUAGAUAAAAAUGUAGCUGUACUACAGGAAAAAGAGAAAGAACUCCAAGCUUCUGUGGAACGUUUGGCAGAACAAGAAGGCAUUGAUGUAGAUGAGGCAGUGGUGACCACUGCACCAUUGUACUCUCAACUUCUAAAUGCUUUUGCCGAAGAAGCUACUUUGGAAGAUGCUAUAUAUUAUAUGGGUGAAGCUCUACGCAAAGAAGUUAUUGAUUUGGAUACUUUUUUGAAACAAGUACGUACAUUGGCUCGCAAGCAAUUCACUCUGCGUGCAUUGAUGCAUAAAUGUAGACAGAAAGCUCAACUGGCAUGCUAGUAAUCGAUGACUGUAUACUAAUACAUUAUUGAACAAGAAAUUGAGGAAUCAUGCGAUAUCAUAUAAAGUUAAUGUUGAUUGCGGCUUGUAAUAAAUGUUGUAUUGCUUUUUAUUAAAAGUCAUAAUUUAGUUUAUUUUUAUCACUGGCUUUUUAUGUCUUAUAAAGGAGUAAUUAUUGUAGCUCUUAUAUAAACUAUAUAUUGUAUUGAUGCUAUAUCAUAACAUUUGGAGGUGGACAGAGAUGUUUAUUUUAUUGAAAUGUAUUUCAAUGUAACCGAGUGGUAAGUGUAAUUUUUACGCUAACGCGUUCACUAGUGAGCGCAUUAAGAAUUUCUAUGGAGAUUUGUAGUUCUUGGUAGUUACCGCUAGGGGCGCUGUACCGGAUUCCAUACUCUGAUUACUGAUUUCUUAUUUUUAACUUUUUGAAUUCCAAAAUCUAAUUAUUAUUAUAAAGUACUAGUUCAUAUUCAAUUCUGUGUAUUAUAUCCCAUGGGAUUGAUUAUUCUCUGUUUUUGCAAGGAAUCAGUGUGGAGGUAAAGACACAAAAUUGACUUUAUGUCUUAGAAUACAGAGAACUGGUAUUCUUGAAUAGGUGUUCAAAAAUAAUAAAUACUUACCAUAUUUUUGCUUUUAAUAUAAUAACAAUUCAUAUGUUGCUGAUAACAAUUAUAACACAUAUUCAUCAAAAUAAUAUUUAUUGUAGUAGAAAAAUAUUCACACUAUGUCUAAAGAAUGGGAAA